AUGGCUUUUGACAAUAUCAGUGUGUUUAACAAAUUCAUUAUAGUUGGGUUUCCUGGAACGCCCGUGGUCCAGUAUUUCUUCUUUCUCUUAUUAUUGAUGACUUAUUUAUCAACUCUAUUGUGCAACUUUCUGAUCAUCGUAAUCAUCAGUACUGAGAGAUGCCUUCACACACCAAUGUACUUUUUUAUUCGCAAUCUCUCCUUUCUAGAAGUUUGUUACGUGUCGGUAAUAGUCCCCAAGGUUUUGGACACAAUUACAUUCAAUGGAAGAUUUAUUUCAUUUUCUGCUUGCAUAAGUCAGCUGUUUUUCUUCUUCUUUCUGAGUUCCACAGAGUGCUUUCUGUUUGGAGUGAUGGCAUAUGACCGCUACCUUGCCAUUUGUCAUCCACUGCAUUACACAACCCUUAUGGAGAACUACAAGUGUCGUUGCCUAACUAUAAGCUCUAUUAUCGGGGGUUUUAUAACUACAUUUCCUCAUAUAAUUUUAAUCUUUCAGCUUCCAUUUUGCAGAAGUAAUGUAAUUAACCAUUUCUUCUGUGACUCACCACCUCUUCUACAGCUUGCCUGUGCAGAUACAAAUCUGAUUGACCUUUUGGAUUUUUCUUGUGCAGCUUUAGUAAUACUAACUUCAUUGUUGGUCACUUUACUUUCAUAUUUUCAUAUCAUUGCAACAAUUGUCACUAUACCUACACAACAGGGGAGGAGUAAAGCAUUUUCUACAUGCGGCACACAUUUGAUUGUCGUUUCCAUUUAUUAUGGCUCUGUUAUAUUUAUGUAUGUGAGACCAAAAGUGAGUUUUGCUUUCACACUUAAUCGUGUGGUGGCAGUUUUUUACACGAUAAUAACACCCAUACUUAAUCCUAUUAUCUAUUGUUUGAGGAAUAAAGAAGUUAAGGAAUCACUGAGAAGGAGAUUGAACCUUAUUGUAUAUAAACAUUUUGAUCUUGCUAGAAGCUUUUGA